AUGACCUUUAACUUAUCUACUGACCUUCCAGCUUGGAAAAAAUUACAAGCUUUGUACAAUUCCUCAGGAAAGGAUUUCAAAGUCACAGAAGCUUUCCAAAAGGACCCUCUGAGAUUUGAAAAAUAUUCCAAGACCUUCACUAACUUCGAUGAUUCCGAAAUUUUGUUUGAUUUCUCUAAGAAUUUGAUUGAUGACGAAGUUCUUGCUGAAUUAUUGGAAUUGGCCAAGGAGGCCAAUGUGGAAGGUUUAAGAGAUGCCAUGUUCGCUGGUGAAAAGAUCAAUACUACUGAAGAUAGAGCUGUCUACCACGCUGCCUUGCGUAACAGAGCCUUGAAGACAAUGGCUGUUGACGGUAAGGAUACCUCUAAGGAAGUCGAUGAUGUCUUGCAACACAUGAAGGAAUUUUCCGAUCAAGUCAGAUCUGGUGAAUGGACCGGUUACACCGGCAAGCAAAUUACAGAUGUCGUUAACAUUGGUAUUGGUGGUUCCGACUUGGGUCCAACCAUGGUUACUGAAGCCUUAAAGCACUACGCUCAACCAGGUUUAAAUGUCCACUUCGUUUCCAACAUCGACGGUACUCACAUUGCCGAAACUGUUAAGGGCUUAAACGCAGAAACCACUUUGUUCCUUGUCGCAUCAAAGACAUUCACCACCGCUGAAACUGUCACCAAUGCAAACUCCGCUAAGACCUGGUUCUUGGAAUCUGCCAAGGAUACCAAGCACAUCGCUAAGCAUUUCGCUGCCUUGUCUACCAAUGCUGAAGAAGUCGCCAAGUUUGGAAUUGACACCAAAAACAUGUUUGGUUUCGAAAACUGGGUUGGUGGUCGUUACUCCGUCUGGUCCGCUAUUGGAUUAUCCGUUGCCAUUUACAUUGGUUUUGACAACUUCAACAACUUCUUAAAGGGUGCUGAAGCUGUUGACACUCAUUUCCAAACCACACCAUUAAGUGAAAACAUCCCAGUAUUGGGUGGUUUAUUAUCUGUUUGGUACAACAACUUCCAUGGUGCCCAAACCCAUUUGGUUGCACCAUUUGACCAAUACUUACAUAGAUUCCCAGCAUACUUGCAGCAAUUAUCCAUGGAAUCUAACGGUAAGUCUGUCACAAGAGGAAACAGCUUCACUGAUUACCAAACUGGUACCAUCUUGUUUGGUGAACCAGCAACCAACGCUCAACACUCUUUCUUCCAAUUGGUCCACCAAGGUACCAAGUUAAUUCCAGCUGAUUUCAUUCUUGCUGCUCAAUCUCACAACCCAAUUGAACACAACUUACAUCAAAGAAUGUUGGCUUCUAACUUCUUUGCCCAAGCUGAAGCUUUGAUGGUUGGUAAGGACAAGGCUCAAGUUGAAAGCGAAGGUGCUACUGGAGGUUUGGUUCCACACAAAAUUUUCUCUGGUAACAGACCAACUACUUCUAUUUUGGCCCAAAAGAUUACUCCUGCUGCUUUAGGUGCCUUAAUUGCCUACUAUGAACACGUUACUUUCGUUGAAGGUGCCAUCUGGAAUAUUAACUCUUUCGACCAAUGGGGUGUUGAAUUAGGUAAGGUUUUGGCCAAGGUUAUCGGAAAGGAGUUAGAAGACAAGACCCAAAAGGUUGAAACUCACGAUCCAAGUACCAAGGGAUUGAUCAACAAGUUUAAAGAAUGGUCCGCUUGA